AUUUAAACCUGCUUAGAGCUUCUAUAUAGUUAAACCCCUGUAUCCUUUAUUUCAGAGUCCGUAAACAUAUAUCCACGGUCCCCUGAAGCCCAUAUUUUACGGAAUGGAAAUACAUUUCCCCGCAACAUUUGAAAGCAUCCAAACUCUUCUGAACGGCGGAAUUUAACAUUUGAUAUGAUGUCCAGCAAACCCCUGAGUGUGGCUUGGAGCGCCAACCAGAGAUUACGGUCCGCGGUUAUCAUCCACUGUCGACGAAGAACGAACAUGAGAUCUUUUUCGUAUUCUCGAUCGAAUAUGGGAAAUCUACCACUCCUCCCCGAACUCUGCAUGGAAAAGCCGAAUGGCGAAGAGGAGAAAAUAUCCGAAGAAGACCUGUAUCGAUAUACCAAGCACCGAUGGCUAUUCAACGAGAAGAAUGAGCUUUCAAAUCGCUACGUGGAAUUUAACUUGCAACAACUUAUCAAGGUGGCUGUCAAUACUUGCAAUGGAGCCCAAUCAUGCAUUAAAGUCACGAAAUGCUCAGAGGGGUUAUAUAAUAAGGCCUUCAUUUUGACAAUGGAUAAUGGAUUCGAGGUCGUUGCGAAGCUCCCUAACCCUAAUGCCGGGCCUGCACAUUUUACCGUCGCCUCUGAGGUGGCGACACGUGAGGUGCUUCGAGACAUAUUCAAUGUUCCUGUUCCUCAAAUACUCGCAUGGUCUAGCGACACUGCAAUGAACCCGGUCAAGGCGGAGUAUAUCAUCGAGGAAAAGGCACCAGGUGUACGGCUGGGCUCAGUCUGGAAUCAAUGGCCUCGAGAGCUAAAGCUCCAACUGAUCACCCAGGUGGUCGAACUCGAGAAUAAGUUGACCUCUGUCACCUUCGAUGGGCAUGGCUGCAUCUAUUUCAAAGAUGACCUACGUUCAUUGAUCGGGGACGUAAAGGAGAUACAUGCUGCCAAUGUCGCGCCUGGGGCCCUUGAAAGAUUUUCUAUCGGGCCUAUGACCUCAAACGAACUGUGGAAGGGAGCUAGGAGAGAUAUGCUUCUAAAUCGUGGGCCUUGGACAGACUUCCGUGAAUACGCAGAGGCAUUGGGACGUAAUGAAAUGAUAUGGAUUAAAUCCCAUGCAGUUCCUCGGAUGAACUAUUACCGGUCUAGCCAAAGCAAGGAGCUCCCUCAGGAUGGUCUCGCACUUCUGAAGAAGUAUAUCAAAGUGGCUCCCUAUCUUGUUCCUCCACCGACCGCCGAAUCGGGAUAUGCCAACGUUCUAUGGCAUCCUGAUCUUCACCUGGACAAUAUUUUUGUAGAUCCAGGCACUCAUCAAAUUACACGCAUUAUUGACUGGCAAUCAGCAUGUGUGGCACCUCUGUUAUACCAGUCUUGUGUCCCAAGACUAUGCAGGCAUCCUGGCCCUGUUCGGGAAGGCUGGACUGUUCCUGACAGACCGGAAGGGUUCGAAGAUCUGAGCGAAAGCGAAAAGAAACGAAUCGAUGACGAUUUGGAGAGCGAGACCCUCCACAAAUACUACGAAGCCCAGGUGUGUAAGCGAGCACCUAGGCAUUGGGAGGUUCUUCAACAAAAGGCAGUCCCUAUCUUACGGAAACCUGUCUGGCUUACAACCGGAGCAUGGGAAAAUCGCGAUCUCUUUUUUCUUCGCAAAUCUCUCAUGGAACUUAUGGCAGAUUGGGAGGAUCUUUUCCCAGGCGUUGCAUGUCCAAUUGAAUUCAGCAGUGAGGAAGUCGAGCUUCAGGCGAAGGAGCAAGAAAAUAUCAGUGGUGUCGGGCGCAUGUUGACGUUGUUUCGGGACCAAGCAGUCCUCCCGGUGGACGGCAUGGUUGACCCUAAAGACUUUGAAGUCGCCCGCGAGAAUUGCAGCAAGUUCAAGGAAGUUUUUGUUCGACUGGGGAAGGAUGAUAAUGAAAGGGAGUUGUUCCGAAACUUGUGGCCUUAUCAAGAGCCUGAGGCCGGAAUACUAUCAGGCGCAUGAGGUAAUUAUGCUACGCGGAAGAUAAUCUCUUAUCUUUCUUAGGUCCUUGUGCUUUACUCUUUUUGGCCUUAAUCUGUACUACUAUUUUAUUGUUAAUAGCUUAAAAAGAAAAGAAAAAAGAUAAAAAAAAGGCAAUCGAGGGGAAAUAGGCGG